ACACACUCGUCUAUUUUAGAGUGAUUUCCCGCGUUUUAAUAAAACGCAUAUACGCGAUAAAUUAGUCGUAAAAAUGAAAUACGUAUCAAUUGACUGAGUUAUGACAUUUAUGAUUUUGGUUUCGAUUAGCUAUGUUUUGUAAGUUAUUUACCCUGCAUAGUUUUGAUUUGAUUUUAAGGAGUAAGAUAUGCAGACAAACGGAACCAUAAUGUAUGGGAAGUGUGUUUCAGUCCGGCGCAAUUUGAUAAAUGCACUGUUUUAGGAGCCAUCAGUAAACAGGCAAAUUCGCGUUAUGUCUUGUAUGCUGUGUUUUUCGUCUCUUAAUGUUCAUAGGUCGCAAAACACGUGCGUAAUCCUAUAUCCUGGAUGUUAAUUAGAUGUAGGUUCUGAAUGUGAGUUUGCAUUGUUGUAAUAUUCCGUAAUCGACUUUCCAUCCCUCUGGUCGAUUAGCAUGUUAUAGUCGAGUUUUAGACGAGGCAUCAUAUUGUUGUAAUACUGACUCAACAAAUAUUGUUAUCAAAUAUAAUUCUACAAAUUGCAUAUUCGAACAAAGUUAAAAAGGAACGCAUACAAAUAACUGGCUGCAGGCUUAUAUUACAUUGAUGAAUUUAGGCCUACACGAUGGCUUCCGCAGAACCUGCGAACGAUACAUCUCAGAACGAGCUCCUAAAUCUCUACGAUGACAUGAACGAACAUUUCGAGGGGAACGACUUUGACAAAACAACAGAGGCAAGUGAACUUUAUGACGCUGUUCUGACUGGUUUAGUCAAUCAAGACAAGUCGGUGGUGCCUAAUCAAAUGCAAAAACGUCCAGCUAUAAAUACCCCACAUGAAGUGGGGAGAAAACUACCAUCAAUAGACCGAGGAGAACAAUCCACAAGUAAACAUUCCUUGUAUGUUGGAAAUUUCUCCUGGUGGAUAUCUGACAAAGAUCUUAUGCACAUGGCACAAUCUUUGGGAGUGAUGGACAUAAUAGAGAUAAAAUUUGCAGAGAACAAAAUCAACGGACAGUCAAGAGGGUAUGCCGAAGUGGUGGUGGCCUCGGAGGGAUCAUUGAGGACGUUACUGGAUAAAGUACCACAAUGUAAAAUAAGUGGGGAGAAUCUGAGCUGUCGCUCAGCAACAUACCAAAACCUUGCCUUUUUUGAGACGCUGGCAAACAAGCGUAUGCCGAUGCGUGUUAAGGAUCCCAAAGAAUUGGACUCGCCACCGCCCAACUCUGUAAACCUCAACCCUCCCCCAAUGCCAUUGAUUUAUCCCCUUAUACCCCCUCCAAACUACCCUCCUUCAAACCCAUUCCUCAAUCAUCCACCACCUCAACCCAUGCACAUUCCUUUAAAUAUUCCCCAACCUAUGGUCCCUCCUUUCCCCCCACCACCUUUUCAUUAUGGUCAGCCACCCCCAAGUCUUCAUAUAAAUCCAGCCUUCUUGCCACCACACACCACACACAACAGUGGUGCUUACCAGCCCAAAAAGAACUCUACUCAAAAAUCUGAUGAUGAUUUUGAAGAGCUAAUGAACAGAAACAGGACCAUAACCAGUACAGCCAUCAGCAAGGCUGUUUCAGAUGCCACAACAGGCGACAUGCACAUGGCAACCGAGACUCUUUUGACUGCUAUUGCAGUCAUUAAACAAUCCAGAGUAUAUGAAGAUGAUUGCUGCCAGGCCCUGGUCACAUCACUCAAAGACUGUUUAGUAUCCAUCCGGGGCAACUAUGACUCAAGGAGAGACCGGGAGAGGGAUCGUGUCAAAGAGCGAGAUCGUAACAGAGACCGUGAAAGAGAGGACUCUCAUGGAAAGUCCCGCAGAACUUUCCAUCCCCGGACAAGACUUAGUUUCUGCAUCAAGCCCAGGGGCUUCUGGAAUUAUCAAGCAGGGACUGAUGGUGAGAUCGACAAAAUGAACUAUUUUAAAACCAACACACUCAAAAGCCCUACAUGCCUUUUGUUGUUUGCCUGUCUGUUCACUUUUCAUUUUUGGUCAUCAGUUUUUUGUAAAAUGACCAAUAGAUUUUUAGGCUUUGGCUGAAAUUCAGUUUCUUGUACUUACAUGUAAAUGAUCAAUUUCUUUAAUAUUUUGUAUAAAAUUUGGGCUUAAUACAUUGACCAGAAAAUCUUCCUUAACCAUGUGUGGUUCUAUUCAAUUUAUUAGGCGUUCAGGUUAUAUUUGCUGAAAAAUAUGUCUGUUGGGCAACAUGUCGUGCUAUUGCAAGGUCAUAACUUUAACUGACAAUAUGUCAGUCAUUGUUUGCCUCAUAGGGUUGAAAUUGUGCGCACUUCAUCUUUUCACAAUGUUCCCUGAACUAACUGAACUAACUGGAGCUUUGAUGGCUGCCACCAGCUUUCAGAAAUAUUUGCAAUGGUUGAUCAUCAUGACCAGAGAAAUAGUCAAAUGUAUGAUAUAUCAGUCAUUGGGGGAGCUAUAUAUCAUAAUUGCUACUAAUCUGCCUUUAAGAAAAAUGAUAGGCUCAGUCCGUCCAAUCUUUGUUGAAUUGCAAAAGAAAACCUUUUGAAAAUCCUCAAGUUUCUUGCCACGUUGCAUCAGGAGAUUGCUGCAUCAAUCACAACUUCUUAACAAUCAUGCAUCAGGUUCACUGUUCACCUGCCCUUGAGGUCAUGGCCUGGUUCAAAUGAUUGUGAAGAGGAAAUGCCUGAGGUUCAAAUGUCAAGAAUUCUGACGUGAGAAUAAUGAAUUAUUAGGAUGAUUUGAUGAUGAAAAGCCAUGUCACACUCUCAGACAUACUGGGACACUUGUAUUAGACAAGCUAGUUACUGACAUGAUUUCAAUAAUGUAUGUAAUGGCUGGUAAAAUAAAUCUAGGUGAAAUAGAUAAAUACAGCAAUGUAUCGGUAAAUAUUCUAAAACCUAAUCUCUUCAAAUAUUGUGAAGUUUUUUUUAAGUUGAAACAACGUGAUUUGCAGACGAGGUCGGUUGAAAAGGGAUAACAUUUUCUGCGUCUUUUUUGAACUUAUUUAACCAUAAAGUUGAUUUUACAGUAAUCUACGACCUUACCUGUAGCAAUCCCUUUUUUUUGCAGUUGUAAAUUUACUUUUUUAUUGUCUUCCUAUAUUCUUCCAGGACCAAUCACACUUUCUCUCAUACUAAAUGCUAGGGGUUACUCAAUGAUAAUUAUUUUUUCGUAUAAUGCAAAAUUGAACCAUAAGAACA